AAGGAGCGCAAGUCGAACACAAGAACAUUCUCAAUCGAGGUGUAGAAAAUUGCAUACAAUACACCUAAAGCUGAACUGGAGUCGACAAGGCUACAAAGCUUUCAAUUCCCUAGAGAUAAAUCAAGAGCCGUCGAAAAGCAAAAAAAUGGGAAAGAAGAAGCGCGGUCACCCCGACGUCGAGGAGAUUCUGUCUCGGCCUUGGUGCUACUAUUGUGAGCGUGAUUUUGACGACCUGAAGAUUCUCAUUUCUCAUCAAAAGGCAAAGCACUUCAAGUGUGAGCGAUGUGGUCGCAGGUUAAAUACCGCCGGAGGUUUGUCCGUUCAUAUGAACCAAGUACACAAGGAAAAUCUUGGUGCAGUCGAGAAUGCAUUGCCAAACCGUACAGGCACAGACGUCGAGAUCUUUGGCAUGGAGGGUAUCCCAGAGGAUGUCCUAGGAACGCAUAAUCAGAGGAUACUUAGUCAAUUCCACCAAGCUGAGGCCGAUCGCCGCGCAGUUACCGGAAACCCGGCUCCGGGAACGGCCGGCAGUGCACCUAAGAAACCAAAGUUCGAAUCGCCUUCGGAUAUCAAGAAGCGGUUAGCGGAACACAAAGCCAGGAAGGCUGCUGAAGCAAGCGGCCAAACGAGUAGUGGCGAUGUGACUCCCACUCCCGCAGAAACUGGUAGUCAAAGCCCCGUUGUGGGCCAAAGUGUGCCAGCAGGAUUUCCACAGGCCGGUGCUCCCUUUAUGCAGCAAACUCCACCACAGCCGUCUGGUAUGCAAGCUAAUCCAAGCUUCCCUAAUUUCCCUCAGCAAUAUGGCGACACUGUCGCCUCUGCGCCGGCUUUCCAGCAGGGUCAGCCGCCGUUUGUUCAGCAGCCAGGAUAUGGUCCUCCCGGGAUGCAGCCCUUCCCGGGCCAGCCAGGGUUCAAUGCUGCAAGUCCUACCUUGCCCUACCAACAACCCUUGCCUUCUGUUACGCCCCCUCAACCCAGUGGGCUACCUCAACCGCGACCAGGCAGUUUGCCCCCUACUGCGCCUGGUUUACCGCAGCGACCUUCUUUUAGUGCGCCGCAUUUCAAUCCCUCGCAAAUGCAGCAGAUGCAUCAUGGCGUUCCUUUACAUCAAAAGGGCGCCACUCCUGUGGGACCACCAGGCGCGUCCCCCCAACAAACGGCUAACGGACAAUACCCUCAAACUGUGCCGAGCCCGGCAACCGCCACUCAACCUCCCGUCUCAGGAUCUGCAGAAGGUCAGGCCAAGGCUGCCGAGGGCAAGCCGGCAGAAGGUGAGAAGAAGGCCAAGAAGGAGAAGGCUUCGAAGCUGGUCUAUUCCGAUAACGAAGUCAGUCCGGAAGAGAAGAUGGCCAAGCUUCCUAGGUACGCUUUUGUCCCCGACAAUAAAGAGGAAACUGUGUUAGGCAGCGCAGUUGAAGCUACAGUCACGGGCGUUGUCGACGACCAAGACGAGGUCACAGACGAGCACAUCUAGAGUCUGCCAGCCUGUUCAGCUCAGCGAAGUUACUGCUGUCUCUCUUAUCCUACCUACAAAUCGGCCUCUCAGGCUUGCUUUUGCUUGCAGUACACCUCCUCUUUUGGCCCCUUUGCAUGUUGAUCCUCCUCACCAGGAAAGCUAUCGGGAUCGCUAUCUGCAUGGUGGGAGGGCCAGAUCCAUUCAGCUAAGUCUUGCUUUUCCGCCUUACGCUUGAAUCAAAAAAGGAAAAAAGAGAGCACAGAAAACUUAGUCUUAGGAUGAUGAUUGCCUUGCAGAAGUACGUCUUCUGGCUUAAUCGGAACAAA